GGAGGAGGAAGCGCUUCGGCGCCAUCUUGGGACGUCACGCCCCGCCGAGAGGCGUCGCUGUUGCGCAACGCGAAGGGCGGCGUGGGGUGGUGGUGGAGCGCGCUCUUAGCCAGGCGCUGAUCUGCGAGAAAUGGACAUGAUUGGCUGCCUCGUCCAGAGACGUGCUGGAAGAGCCUGACUGCCGGAUGGCCAAUCAGGCCUAUGGAUCCUUUCACAAAACCUGGCAUGUGCGAGAUAGCAUCCAACUUGACUGUGAAGGAAUACCGGUUUGGAAAGGAUCAGGAAAAGGGAGACGGGGAUGAGCGGCCCCUGGAGCUGGUGGUGCUGAUUCCUGAGGUUCUUGAUCCUCAGUAUGGUAUGUAUGUUUGGCCUUGCGCGGUGGUUUUGGCUGAGUAUAUCUGGUUUCAUAGAAGACUUGUCUGUGGCAAAAGAAUACUAGAGAUUGGAGCAGGUGUGAGCCUACCUGGAAUAGUGGCGGCAAAAUGUGGAGCACAAGUAACAUUAUCAGAUAAUGCAGAGUUCUCUCGGUGUUUGGACAACUGUCGAAGAAGCUGCCAGAUGAAUAAUCUCUCUGGGAUAUGUGUCAUAGGACUUACCUGGGGUCACGUAUCGCCCUGUCUAUUGACCUUAGCCCCAGUUGACCUUAUUUUGGGAGCUGAUGUAUUUUUUGAACCAGAAGACUUUGAAGAUGUUGUAAGUACAGUGCACUGUUUAAUGGAAAGGAACCCUCAUGCCCAAUUUUGGACUACUUACCAAGUCAGAAGUGCCAACUGGUCUAUUGAAGGAUUAUUAUACAAAUGGGAGAUGGAAAGCACAUAUGUGCCAUUGCAGUCAUUUGAAGCCAAUAAGGAACAACUUGCAGGAUCUUCUCUUCCAGGGAUGCACACUAUUCAAAUGAUGGUUAUCAGUAAAAAAAAUAAAGGACUGAAAACUUGGAAACAUUCCUAAUGGAUUUUAAUGAAAAUGUAUCAAUUGCUUAUUUGAUAGUUCCAUAUUACCUGACCACCAUUGCAUACAAAUCAGUUUAUUCUCAGCAUUUUUUAAAAGUAAUUUUAUUCAUUGU